AUGGCCACCAUCCGCAGCCUCGACCAUACAAAGUCCGACACGGAGCUCGCCAUCAAUAUCAAGAAGGCAACCAGCCCAGACGAAACAGCCCCAAAGCGAAAACAUGUGCGCAGCUGCAUCGUCUACACAUGGGAUCACAAGUCGGGCCAGUCCUUCUGGGCCGGCCUGAAAGUGCAGCCGAUCCUCGCCGACGAGGUCCAGACGUUUAAAGCCCUCAUCACUAUCCACAAGGUUCUCCAGGAGGGCCACCCCCACGUCAUCCGAGAGGCCCUCGCCAGUCGCGGAUGGAUAGAGAGCCUCAACCGCGGCAUGGGUGGCGAGGGCAUGCGCGGAUACGGGCCCCUCAUCCGCGAGUACGUCUACUUCCUCCUCGCCAAGCUCUCGUUCCACCAGCAGCACCCCGAGUUCAACGGCACCUUCGAAUACGAGGAAUACCUCAGCCUGAAGGCCAUCAACGACCCCAACGAGGGCUACGAGACCAUCACCGACCUCAUGACCCUCCAGGACAAGAUCGACCAGUUUCAGAAGCUCAUCUUCUCCCACUUCCGCAACGUCGGCAACAACGAGUGCCGUAUCUCGGCCCUCGUGCCCCUCGUCGCAGAGAGCUACGGCAUCUACAAGUUCAUUACCAGCAUGCUGCGCGCCAUGCACUCCAUGACGGGCGACGUAGAGGCCCUUGAGCCCCUCCGCGCCCGGUACGACGCCCAGCACUACCGCCUCGUCAAGUUCUACUACGAGUGCUCCAACCUCCGCUACCUCACCAGCCUUGUCACCAUCCCCAAGCUGCCCCAGGACCCCCCCAACCUGCUCGCCGAAGAGGGCGCCGCCCCCCGCCUGCCCGACCGACCCAAGCAGGAGAUCGAGCGCGCCCCGACCCCGCCCCAGCAGCCCCCGAAGGCUGAGGAGCCCGAUGAGAUCUCCGAGUUCUGGAAGGGCGAGCUGGACCGCCAGAACCGCGAGUACGAGGAGCAGCAGCGUGCCCUCCGCGCCCAGCAGGCCCAGUCCCUCACCCAGGGCCGCCUCGCCGAGCUCGAGCAGGAGAACCUCAACGCCCGCGCUCAGUACGAGCGCGACCAGCUCAUGCUGCAGCAGUACGACCAGCGUGUCAGGAGCCUCGAGGGCGAGCUGCAGCAGCUCCAGGCCAGCUACGGCCAGCAGAUGGGCAGCAAGGACGACCAGGUCCGCGCCCUCCAGGAGCAGGUCAACACCUGGCGCACAAAGUACGAGGCCCUCGCCAAGCUCUACUCCCAGCUCCGCCACGAGCACCUCGACCUCCUCCAAAAGUUCAAGUCGGCGCAGCUCAAGGCCGCCUCGGCGCAGGAGGCCGUCGACCGCCGCGAGAAGCUCGAGCGCGAGAUCAAGACCAAAAACCUCGAGCUCGCCGACAUGAUCCGCGAGCGCGACCGCGCCCUCCACGAGAAGGAUCGCCUGGGCGGCGCCAACAAGGACGAGGUCGAGAAGCUGCGCCGCGAGCUGCGCAUGGCCCUCGACCGCGCCGACAAGGCCGAGCGCACCAAGGGCACCGAGCUCUCCACCAUGCUCGCCCGCUACAACCGCGAGAUGGCCGACCUCGAGCAGGCCCUCCGCGACAAGACCCGCGCCCUCGACGAGGCGCAGGAUAGGAUCCGCAGCGGCGGCGCCGACCUUGAGCAGCUCCUGCGCGACAAGGAGGAGGAGCUCGAGGUGUACAAGGCCGGCAUGGACCAGGCCCUCGUCGAGCUCAACGAGCUCAGGGCGGGCCAGGGCGAUGCCGACACGGCUCUCGACGGCCAGCUCGACGCGCUCGUCGCGGCCAACCUCGACAAGAUCAACGAGAUUAUCGACUCGGUGCUCCAGAGCGGCGUCGCCCGCGUCGACGAUGCCAUGUAUGAACUCGACUCCACCAUGCAGGCCGGCAACCAGAAUGCCUCGCCCUCGUACGUGCUCUCGCAGAUCGAGAAGGCCUCGGCCAGCGCCGUCGAGUUCGCCACCGCCUUCAACAACUUCAUCGCCGACGGGCCCAGUGCCGCCUAUGCCGACCUCAUCAAGGCUGUCAACGUCUACGCGAGCUCCAUCGCCGACGUCUGCAACAACACAAAGGGCCUCACCCGCCUCGCCACCGACGACAAGAAGGGCGACGCCCUCAUCGGCGGCGCCCGCCAGUCCGCCCAGGCCACCGUCAAGUUCUUCCGCGGCCUCCAGAGCUUCCGCCUCGAGGGCAUGGACCCCAUGCAGAAGACGGACGUGGUCGUCAACAGCAUGAACGACGUCCAGCUCAACCUCCAGAAGCUCAACAGGCUCGUCGAGUCCUUCGCCCCCGGGUUCGGCAAGCUCGCCGACAAGGGCGACCUCGGCGCUCUGGUCGAGUCGGAGCUGAGCAAGGCCGCCGAUGCCAUCGCGGCGGCGGCGGCGCGCCUCGCCAAGCUCAAGAACAAGCCGCGCGACGGCUACUCGACCUACGAGCUCAAGGUUCAUGACUCCAUUCUCGACGCCGCACUGGCCAUCACCGACGCCAUCGCGCGUCUCAUCAAGGCCGCCAGUGCCACCCAGGAGGAGAUUGUCCAGGCCGGCCGCGGCUCAUCAUCGCGCACCGCCUUCUACAAGAAGAACAACCGCUGGACCGAGGGUCUCCUCUCGGCCGCCAAGGCCGUCGCCACUUCGACCAACACGCUCAUCGAGACGGCCGACGGUGUGCUCUCGGGCCGCAACAGCCCCGAGCAGCUCAUCGUGGCCUCCAACGACGUGGCCGCCUCUACUGCCCAGCUCGUCGCCGCCUCGCGCGUCAAGGCCGGCUUCAUGAGCAAGAACCAGGAGGCCCUUGAGCAGGCCUCCAAGGCCGUCGGGGCCGCCUGCCGGUCGCUGGUCCGCCAGGUGCAGGCCAUGAUCAAGGACCGCCUGGGCGGCGAGGAGGAGCAGGUCGACUAUGGCAAGCUCGGCGCGCACGAGUUCAAGGUGCGCGAGAUGGAACAGCAGGUCGAGAUAUUGCAGCUGGAGAACGCCCUUGGGGCAGCACGACAUCGCCUGGGCGAGAUGCGCAAGAUAUCCUACCAAGAGGAAUAA